AGAACCCGCGGCCAUUUUCUUGUCAUUUAAAAAACCGUUUGUGUUGUGGAACGACGCUGCGUGUUUGCCGGGUUAUUUUUGAAUGAAAAACACAUAAAAAGACAAAAAUGAGCCAAAAAUCCACUCGUCGAGCCCGUCGACAAACCAACGAUGAGGACUCAACAGCCAAAGCCCCCACCCCCAAACCAAACGGAACCGAAGAAUCUCCACCAAGCCUCGAAGAAGCCAAAGCCCAAGGACCCACCCCACCACCCGAAGAAACUCCACCUGAACUCCAGAAAGAAGUAACCGAAAACGAGACACAAAAAAGCCCCGAACCACCAGAAGAAAAAAUCACCAACGGCACCGAAACCGAAGACAUGGACAUCUCCCUCGAAGAAAAAAUGGACCCGCUAGUCGUCACGGACGAGCCUGACCCAGAACUGGUAUUCGAAGAAAACUCCGACUUGGAAUCCGGGAGAGAAUCGCCAGUCUUGAGUCGUUGCAAAACGCGGCGCUCUUUGACGAGGAACAUUCCCACGCCGAAAACGCCAAAAGGCGAAGAAGACCUGCCCAAAAUAGACGAGGACACGCCCAAAAUGGACGAGGACACGCCCGAAGACUCGCGCGACGGGGAGGAGCCACGGGAGGAGCUAAACGUGACGUUCGAGUCGUGCUCGGAGAACGUUUCGACGAAGGUGCAGGUGGGCGGGGACUCGACGCGGCUGAGCUACACGGAGUCGAAUUUCGAGACGAACAGUUUUCUACAGGAGGCGAAAAAUAAGUCGUUCGGUGAGACGUUGAGGCGCUUGUCGACGAGAAGGACGAUCAGGCCGAUCAGUGACGAUUACCGAAAAAGACUGCUGAUGACGAACUUGGAGAAGGGCGAUUUUGUGGGGGCGUAUCCAAGUCGGAAUUCCGUGGAGAGGGUGUCGGCGGUGGGGAUUAAACGAAAGAACAGUGAGGGAGAGGAGGAGUUCAUCAAGCGGUUUAAAAGUGAUUCACCUGGAUUUUUCACGAGGUUUACGAGCCCGCUGGCGAGCAUUCGGAACACGUUUCGGGGCGAUAUACCGUCGAGUACCCCCAAAUUGACGGGGUACAAAGAUGAGAAGUGUUUGUUGGAGGAAGACGGUAUCAAUUCGCAAAUGCACGAAGUUAAAGAUGGAGAGAGACGUUGGUGCUCGAUAAUGUAAGAAGCUUGUUUUCUUCUUUUUUUUUUUGAUCUUUUGUUUAUUAAUACUCCUGUUUUCUUUGUGGUUUUCACAAGUACAAAAAAUUUUAUUCGUUCGACGUGAAUGUUUUUACUUAAUGGAUGUAAAUUCGAAAAAUUUUACGACCAAUAUUUGUUCACGGAUAUGUCUUUAGAAACAGAUUUCUAUCAGCUAAAGAAUAUAUUACUAUAUAGGCAAAUUUAGACUAGGUCAUACUCUUAUAGUAAGUCUGUGUAGAAAGUGUUUUGAAAAGUAUGUUGGUUACAGUCUUUAUAAAUAAAAAUUUAAGAAAA